CCGACCGACCAUGGAACAUAAGAAUGGUUCCAAAUCAUCAUCAGAUGAGAAGCAGCCGCUGACGUUAGGUUAUACUUGUUCGGACGAUUUGAAGGUGAAAUUGGAUAUGAAAUGUUUCUAUGAAGCUAAAUUCAUUUAUGGCCGUUUGGACGAGAUAGAUAUGCGCCUAAAUGAGGAGGAGGAUGAGGGGGAGGAGGAUCCAUAUAGAAAACCCAGAGAUAUCAGCUUUAUUGGACAAGUGACCAGCCCAAGCUACGUCGCUGUAUUGGUUAAUAUAUACUGUGUUGGACGUUUCAACAUCAUGAGAACCCAUCAACAUGACGACGACGUCGAUCUCCUUGCAAGGAAGUUGAUGGAAUUCGAUUCCCAAUUUAUCCAAGAUCUGGUAGAAAGACCCAACCUUCUUGUUCUACUUUUCAAUGCUGCUGUCCAGUUGAGGAUCGAAAGCCUCAUCAACCUGGUGCUUAAUACUAUCCAUGGUAGGGGGCUUAUUGAUGCUAUCUUCAACAUGCCUGCUAUUAAGGAUUCUGAAUUCCCAUUCUACAAUCGCUAUUUCUGGGAUGUUGCUGCAGUUGCUAAGAUUGAGGACGAUAGCUGCUAAGAAGCACGAUAUGGGCUACAGAAGAUGACAUAUGCGUUGCAGCCGCUGUUAGUAUAAUGAGAUGUCUGCUUGUUCUUCUAAUAACGACUAAUCGUUUUUAAUCUAGCAUGGAACUAUGUAUGUUGGAAGUAUGUUUGUUUUCAAACUAUGUAUUUUGUGUGUGUCAAUGUCAUUUCUAUCUCCUUCAAACACUGUUUAAUGAUAUUAAUGUCGUUUACA